UGCCGACAUGUACAGUAGCCCUUACCAAACAAGUCUCAAAGUUUCUAAGCUUAAGCCCUCUGCAAAACAUUACGUUAUCUCUCCUCCGUCUCGUCGCAACCAUGAAGUGCAUCCUGGUGACCCUCCUCUUGGUGGCCUGCGUCAGCGCCAAUGUCCUCCGUGAACGCCGCCAACUGACCGGUGGCAGCGCCAGCUGCACGGCCGCCCAGAAAGCUCAGUGCGGUAUGGCGGAGUGCCAGAACAACGGCAACCAGAACACCCAGGUGAUCACUGGCGGUAACCAAGGUGGCUCUCCCCUGAUCAGCCUGAUCCCCGUCAACGCCCUCAACGGUGCCGGCGUCCAAGUGCCCAUCAACGCCAAUCUGUGUCCACCGAUUUCCGUCUGCAAUGCCUGCUUGGCUGCCAACGUCCUCGGUUAAAGAAACACGCGGAUUUAUCCUUAAUUUUGCUCAAAUUUUGCAGUGCACGUGUACAAAGGUCAUCAGUAGCUGCCUACAGAUGUAGGUUUUCAUAAUAUUUAUGAACGCUACUGUGAACAUCGUCAUGACUUGCGACUGUGUCGAAAGUUGUUGGUUUGUUGAAUUUAAGAUAACUGUCAGAAAUAAAGCAUUUUUUGGUCUGUA